GCGGACGGUUCACGAUUAGUUUAACACAAAGUGGAUGCGAAGAUAUUUUUUCUACUGGAAUAUUUUACGGUGUGCUGCAAUUUUUCUGCCGGACUUGCACCAUUGAACGUCGUGAUAAAAGGUCAAAAUUCGACUGGUGAAGUGAUCAGCAAGCGAAAAGUUUUUAGAAUGUGGACCGCUGAAGCAUUAAAAUGAGUGAAAUUUUCAAGGCCCUCUUGAGAUUGUGUGAUUUUUAAAACCAUCCGUCGCAGAAAAGGUUGUGCUGAGAGCAUAAGCUGAAAAAGGUAUUCCAUGAAUGCCAAAUGCUUCUUCACUACGGAACCAGUGUGUUAUAAUUAAAAUGUCAAUAUCCAGUUGACAUGAGGAGUUUCGAUCAUCAGCUUCAAAAGUAGCAGCAGCAGCAGCAGCAGUAGCUUCAUCCCAACCCGGUUUCUGCUUCCAAGCCAACCAACAUCAACAUCAACGAAACGAGUUUUCCAAACAAGAGAAGCGAGUCGUCGCGAACUGGGUCUCAGACCACUUUGGUGAUACUAGUGUAGUAGUAGUGGCUAGUAGUGCUUAAUCGUAGUCAUUCUGGCGUUGAGCCGCGCAGCAGCAACAAACGACAGCACCGAACCUGGAACCAAGUUCCCAACCGACCUGAACCAUAUCCAGCCCGACAACAGGCUUCAAGUGUAGAGUAAAUCAGGAAUUACCGUGUAGAGGAGAAAAAAAUAAUAAAUAUGAUUGUGAGAAGUGGUAUGGCAGCUUCGAUGCAGAUGUAUUAAGGCGCUGAGCCGAGUUUUGAAUCGGUGUAAGUAAGCGAUUGCACCUUCCUCAGACUGGUAGUAGCCUGUCUGGUUGCAUGAGUCUCCAACCGGGCGCAUGUGUGUCAGUGCAGUGAGAAAUUGGUAGUCGAGCCUGCCGCCUAUACAAGCAUCACGUCCAGCGAGGUACGUACGGCACGGAACGGCACGGCACGUUGGGUUCAUGAAGUGAGGGCGGUGAAGCAGUGCAGCGUGGAGAGCAGACGAGACGAGUGCCGCGAGUGGAAUGGGAAUGAAAAAAAAUCGGUGGCUCAGUUCAGUUCGGUACUCUCCGGCGCGGUGUGAAGGUACACAGUGAUUGCAAUUAUUAAUUUGUUCCGGCCCGGGUUGGUAAAAGUCUGAGCAAUUGGUUAAAAAGCAACUGAUCGCAAAGUUGCUGUUUUAAGUGAAGUGAAUUCUGCAUCCAUUUGAUAGAAUUGUGCUCUCUGAAAAAAAAAUGUAAAUUUUCUCCAGUGCAAGUGAAAUAAGAGAGAGGUAGGGAAGCGACUACCUUCGGACGUUUAAUCUGUUUUAGUGCCAAUGUACCAAAACGUGCAUUCGAAAUUUGUCCCUAAUGGAAGCAGCUAGAAGUGUUGCAAGGACCAAGUGCGCUACAUCAUCGUAUAAACCGGCUGCUAAUCUGCUGUCCGUUUUAUCUAGUGUCCUCGACGGAAAAGCCGAAGGUGAAGGUGUCAAGUGUUGUUCUGGUGACACCAUCAGUGCGGGUGAUUGCCCCGAGAAGUGUGCAGGCCCAUAGUGUCACGACCGGUGGCCACAAGAAAAGCGAAGCGCAGUGUUUUGUGCCAACCUGGUGCGCAGCGAAACGUGCAAAAACCGAGCACGGAAAGCUAGGGGUGACAAUAGGGAGCAUCAAGCAGCGGCUAUCCAAGUGGCAACAGUUUAUGGCCAACACUUUGUCGACGACGAAAAUGACCAAUCCAAUUCGCGGGCUCGUCAGUAAGCGGCGGAUACGCUACAUCCAAGAUGGAUUUGAUCUGGAUCUCACAUAUAUUAAUGAUCGAAUCAUCGCCAUGGGUUACCCGGCUGAGCAGCUGGAAUCACUGUACCGUAAUAAGAUCGAGGACGUGCAAAAGAUGCUAGAGAAGAAUCAUGCUGGAUGCUAUAAGAUCUACAACCUUUGCUCGGAGCGGAACUAUAACCACGAGCGCUUUCCGUGCUACUCCGGGUAUCCUUUUAAGGACCACAACCCACCGGACAUCGAACUGAUCAAUUCGUUCUGCAAAGACGUUGACGAUUACUUACGAGCGGAUAGUAAAAAUGUUGUAGCCGUACACUGCAAAGCUGGCAAAGGAAGAACAGGUACCAUGAUAUGCUGCUACCUGUUGUACAGCCGGCAAUUCAAUACGGCCGCUGAGGCGCUUCACUACUACGGCCAGAGGCGCACCAGGGACAGUAAGGGCGUUACGAUUCCGUCCCAACGACGAUACGUCGAGUACUACGCGACACUGCUUAGGAGCAGUGAAACCUACCGCCCGGUGACGUUAUACAUUUGCGAAAUACGACUGUCGCACCCGAUUAACGUUAAGGAAGGCACGAUCACCGUUAAGGGACAAAACCCGUUGCCACUGCCGGAGUUUAAACGUGUCGAUGACAGCUUAGUGACGAAGCUUGACUAUUGCAUGCCACUGGCCGGGGAUGUUAAAAUCGAAUUUGUCAAAAGUUUGGUUUUGCGCAAAGAGAAACGAUGUCACUUUUGGUUUAAUACGUAUUUUGUGGAUAAGAUGGCGUCAAAAGACGCCGAAGGAAAUUUGUUGCUAACACUUAGCAAAUCGGAAAUCGAUGAUGCUCACAAGGAUAAGCAGCAUAAGGAGUACCCUAGUAAUUUUACGGUAAAAAUGGUCCUCCGAAGGGUACCACCGGGUAAAUAUUCAGACAAUGUUAGUCUGAAAAAGUGUCAUUCACCGGUGGACCCCGUGACGAACUCACCCAUUAUCAAGUGCAACAUGGAAAAUAACAGCACGCAACAGCACCUACCGCACUCGCAGCCACAACCGCAACAUCAGCAGAGAUUGUUUCAGCAAUCCUUGGGACAGAAUCCCAUUGCUCACCACCGACAGCUGAACAGUGAACCGUACUGGCCGACGGUAACCAAUUAUCAGAACCUAAAUUGUAUCGACGGGAACAUCAAGUCGGGGGUUCAUGGCGCGCAGUGCAACCAUCAUCAGCCGCAAAUUUCCACGCAACAGCAGCAAAUUUCCCAGACAAUGCUUCACGACCAGCGGUGUGACAUGUGCGAAGAAUACGAAAACAAUCAUUGUGUGGAGUACUCGGAAACGUCCAGCUCGGAGUCAUCCACCGAGGAGGAAGGCUGGGAUUCCGGGUCCGUUAUCAACAGCAUACGUCACCACCAUCAAUCCAUCACUACAGCCACCACUAUUACCACCACCACAACCACCACCACCUCCACUGCGUCCAACAACGGCAACAACGAUAACGAUAGUCGCAAUAAAAUCCCUGCUGCCGGCCAUCGGCAGCAACAGUUCUAUCAUCCACCCCAUCAUCAACGAAAUCAUCAUCCCUGUGAUGAGGACGAUCCGCAUGGUAAUGUUCCGAGCUCGAGUCGAGUGGCUUCGUCGAUCGCUUCUUGUCCGCAUGAGUUGCCAUCGUCGGUAUCCCCGCCGGUGUCGACUAGCACGAUGAAAUCGCCUAUCCGAAAGUCGGCCUCGGCGGUGGAAUCGGUGGUCACCAGCGCCGCCCACAAACUCAACAGCAAACUGCGCCGAAUGUCAACUAAUGCGAUUCUUAGUUUAAGUGCUCAUGCUAGCAGUAACCAUAAUUGUAAGUCUAACAAUAAACCCGGUACGAAUGACAACGGUAACAGCAGCAAAAGCAGCAAUGUCAACGGUAGUAGUACCAAUAAAUGUGAUAUUUUCAAUCUAAUGUCGCGCUCUGCAGUGAAUGCCCAGCAUCAGCAACAGCAGCAGCAGCAAAAACAACAGCCAAUCAAUAGUCAAGGGUCAAACCCUUCAAGUCCGGUAGCAAGCCCCGUUAAAGUGGUAGGCCGUAGCAUAAGUAAUGAUCCUAGUGCUGUUGCUGGUUCAACUACAGCCAAUGAUCAACCGAGACGCGAUUCGCUGCCCAUCAUCGGCGGUCUACUGUCGUCGUUCUCGUCCUCGUCGGUAUCAUCCUCGAACUCAUCCUCACUUUCCUCGUCCACGUUCGGAACGGGUAGCACCAACCAUGGUCCGCCAUUGUUUAGCACCCAAUCCGGACAUCAUAAGCACCAUAAACUGCACGCGUUAUUUUCCGUUAGUUCCUGUUACAAUGGUUCCUCUGGUCGGGAUCCUGGCGAUAACGACGAUAUCGAAGAGGAUGGUUGUCAUAAGAAUAGAAGCGGUGGAGGCGGCAUCGGCGGCUGCGUCGGCGGCAUCGAUGGUGAUGACGAUGAUGAUGCUGACGAUGACGAUGGACGUGACAUCAGUGUCGUUGGCGGCGGUGGCGAACGGCGUAAAGCUGCUGGCGGCUGCGGUGGGGCCAGCAACAGCGAUAGCGGUCGAAGCAGUACCGAAAUUGUGCCCGAGACAAACGGCACGGACCACCAUGUCUGUGCUGGGUCCGGUUAAGAGAAUCUAGUGCUCUAAGAUUGUCAUGUACGAGUGGAAAAUUUUCGACAGAAUAAAUGGUUCUGGAUUUUUUUUUAAAUGAGAACGAACUACGCUAGUUUGACUGACGGAUUUGUGGUUUUUUGCACAUUGAUUUAAUUUUGCUUGUGAUGUGAACUCCAAGCUUAUUUGUUUUUAAAAUUACAAAUAGAGACAUUUGGGUUGAUUCGUCUAUAGCACCAUCUAUGAGUAAAAACUAGUUUUGAAAUCAACUGAUUACGUUUUUUUGCUUUUAAUGAAGUCCACAGUUUUUGACGAAUCAUUAUUCUACCAUUAAAGGGGACCCUAAACAGGAAAGUUAGUUAUGAUUUUAAAAAAAUUGAAUUAUUUCCAAUUUGGUAUGAAGCUUUUAUCUCAGAUCCUAACUGGUUAAUCCUGUAUGAAAUUAUUUUUUCGUUAUCCAAAGAGUAAUUUUGGAAAUGCUUUGAAGUUUAGAAUCUUUUAUUUGAAAUCACAACGAAUUGAAAGCUUUAGGUUGGCCAUUAUACUCUUUUAAAUUAACAAGAAUAUCUGUAAUGUGUUUUAAUUAAUAUGGAGGAGUUAUACAGUGAGUUUUUUCACGUUGGUUCGUGUCAAGGUUCGUUCUCGUUAUCAACAUAAAAUUAUGCGAUUCAUGCGGUUAUUUUUCACUGCAUUAUCAACGAUCAGUGUUCGAUUCCCAAGAACCAACUGCAUAACUUUUGAUUUAUUUUGUCAAAUUAGAUGGUUGAGUGACAACAAAUCAUCGUAUCCUUUUGUGAACGGUAAUAUAAUUACUUCGUACAGACAAGAAAAAAGGAAUAUUUCAUAAGUUCGUAAAUAUAACAUCCCCUGAUGGUGGACGAUUAAUAUUACAUAGAUUUCGAAGAGUAAGCUUUGGUCAGAAAGAGGUCAGAACGAUCGAUAAAAGUAAGGAAAAAAGAAGCGCGAUUUGUGAUAACCGAAAAGUACGAAAAUGAAUUUUGCGAAUCACUUGCUGCAAACACGCAAGUGUUAGUCGACAGUUUCGUAGGCUAAAAUAGAUUUUUAAAACAAAACUUUAACUUUAGUAUUUGCAAAACUAUUCGAGCCCUGCUUUUUCAGCACAGCUGGUUCCGAAGCUAGAGAUCCUUCACACAGAAGUUGAAUGGUGCAAAAUGGCUUUUAUUGCGCGUGAAUUCAAUUCCGCAUUUGGUAUGAAUUCACCAGUUGAGUUUACUGAAAACAUCCUAAAGCAUUUGAAUUUGAUCAAAAUCGAUCUUGUAACAAGGUUUUAUCCGAUGCACCGUUGAACGUGUGUGUGAAGAGCGAAUAUUUGCAGAGCGAUUUUUUAAUGUCGGUUACUACUUACAAUUUCAGAAUAGCUAGGAGUUUAAAGUGUCGUCCGCAUUUGGGCGGACCUUUGAUAGAGCUAUGGAAAGUAAUUUCAUUAGGUAUUAGUUUGCCAUUUGGGUGCUACUCUCAGUGGUAGGAAUCACCAUCGAAAACAACAAACAGAAAUAGAAAUAACAACAAACAAAUAGCAGAUGCAAAUUGUUUAUACUUAAUACCUGCUUUUGCUGUUGAAUAAAAGUGAACGUCGGAUAACCAUAAUCUAUUGGCAUUUUGUAGCACACAUUUUGGAACAUUCGGAACGAAAUAAAAUUAGAAAAUUUUGCAUGGAAAGUAUCUAAAACAAAAAUCUGUCAUAGGCGCAAAUGAAAUUAAUGUUUUGCGAUAAACGAUUAAAUGUUUGGAAGAAAUAACCCAUAUAUUGUAGCAUCAUAAGACAUCUCUUUUCGGCAUAAACAGUGACAACACUAGGCUAUUCUAGGCGAGAAUAGUGACAAACAGUAAUUAAUCCGACAAAAAUGAAACCAACACAUAGGAUUCAACUAACAAAAAUCGCCCGUCAAAAAAUGACCGUCAGUUCUUAGAUGUUUCGACGUAGCAGCAAAUGAAAACGAAGUAUUUUAUUGUACUAAAUUAGUAGACAUACUACAAAGCUACAUUACAAAAAAAAAGCAUCAACAGGAUAGGAAACUUGAAGUUUGUUCAUAAGCGGCAUCAACAAAAUCAACUAAUCCAACAUUUAUUGUCCACCAGCGCGAAGAAUGAAUUUCCCUUACAGGAGGAAAACAUUGAGGAGGAAAAUAAAAAGUACAAAUAAAUGUUAAG